AAGAACCGAUUCAGCCCGGCGAAGUAUUUUGACUGAGGAGGAGUAUUGUUGGACCAAUGCGCUUCAGCUUUACUGCCGAGUCCAUCAGCUGAACAACACCCGCUGAUUCAGAAUAUUUGAGCUGUGGUAUCAAAAUGGAUGCUGACAAUGAAGCCAAAGGCGAUGGCAUGUUAUUUUCAGGUAAGGUGAGCGACCAGACGAUGCAGAACCCACAAGCGUUGGCAGCUCUUCAGGACAAAAUAGACAGUGUCUCACAUAGUGCUUCCAUCAUGGACAGCUUACCAAAGUCUGUGAAAAGAAGAGUCAAUGCCUUAAAGAAUCUUCAGGUUAACAGCACGCACAUCGAAGCCAGGUUUUACAAGGAGGUGCAUGAGCUGGAGAGAAAGUAUAGCUCUCUUUAUCAGCCAUUAUUUGACAAAAGAAGAAACAUUGUCUCUGGAGAAGUGGAACCCACUGAUGAGGAGUGUGAAUGGCAGAGUGACCAUGAGGAGGAAGCAGCAUUAGCAGAAGAUCUAAAGAAGAAAGCUGCUAUAGAGGAAAAGACAGAAGAUGCUAAUGAGGAAAAGCCCAAAGGAAUUCCAGAGUUUUGGCUCACCAUAUUCCGGAGUGUGGACAUGUUGAGCGAUAUGCUGCAGGAGCAUGAUGAACCAAUACUGAAGCAUCUUCAAGAUAUUAAAGUGAUUUUUUCUGCUCCUGAUCAGCCCAUGAGCUUCACAUUAGAGUUCCAUUUUGAACCCAAUGAAUACUUCACCAACACGGUCCUCACAAAAGUAUACAAGAUGAAGUCAGAGCCAGAUGCAGAGGAUCCGUUUUCUUUUGAGGGACCAGAAAUCAUCGACUGUGAGGGGUGUGAAAUUGAUUGGCACAAAGGCAAAGAUGUGACUGUAAAAACGAUCAAGAAGAAACAGAAGCACAAAGGCAGAGGGACAGCGAGGGUCAUCACCAAACAAGUGCCCAAUGAUUCCUUUUUCAACUUUUUCAACCCUAUUAAAGUUUCACCAGAUAAGGAGUUGGAUGAGGAUUCGGAGUAUACCUUAGCCACGGAUUUUGAAAUCGGCCAUUUCUUCAGGGAAAGAAUCAUUCCGAGAGCAGUUUUGUAUUUCACCGGAGAAGCCCUGGAGGAUGAUGAAAGUUUUGAAGAGGAGGAAUUGGACGAGGGUGAAGAGGAGGACCAAGAAGAGGAGGACGAAGACGAUGAAGAGGAGGGAGAUUCCAAGUGACAGGCAUAAGUCAUUCUCACCUCAUACAUUUCUAGACCGGGGAUCCUCAGCCUGCAGAGUGCAAACAACAGUAGUUGGAUCACUCACUCCUGCCACUGUCAAACCCCAUCAGCUCACCUAGAAUCAGCCCUAUAGCGCGGCGGAUAUUCUCUGAUGAGCACACCAUCCAACAAAACCAAACAUGGUGAUGCAGUACAUUGGUAAAAUAGUUUUUUUGUUUUUUUUUUUAUUCUACAAAAUGUGCUCUAAAGUUCAGUUGCUAUACAACAACACUAUAGAUAAAUUGGGCAAUUCCAGGCUUCAGAAUGUACAUAUAUACAUAAAUAAAUGUUAAACUAUUUUUUAAUUCAUGAUUUAGACAUGUACAGACAUAAUGACUUCAGAUAUGUCAUUGCAUAGCCAGAAAAAGAAAAGGAAAAAAAAAACCUUGUGGGUUUGAAACGAUCUCGCAAGCAUUGUCUUCACAUUCAAACAGGUGAUAUUUUAAGCCUGAAUAAAAUAAAUGGGAUUGUAUUUUAACUUCCUGUGCACAUCUAACCUUUGUCAAGGUUGUUUUGCAUUAACAAAAAGUUUCUCCUCUCAUUUUUGAAGUGUUCUGUGUCAUGGGCAUAACCAUUUUUUACGCAGUAUAUCUAUUUAUGUACUUUUUGAACAAAACUGCAUGUUUAUGCACUUAUUUAUUAACGGAAUGUGCUAGCUAGCUAGCCAGUCCAACUAAUGUAUCAGCGAUAUCUUGCAGCCAUCAAGCAAUUGUGUUUAACCAUAUCCAGCCUCUUUGCAAUAUAAAUAUCUUAACAUUUCCAUCUUCAUUUUGACUUUCCCUUGAAGGUCGUAAUUUUAAAAAAAAAACAAAAAAAAACUGCACUCCUCUGCAUAAGUAUGCCCAGUCGAUGUAGUCUCAUUUUUUAAUAUAAUUGUAUUUCACUAUACGUUAUAUCCAUAAUGCUGGAAUUGCUCAAUUUAGAUAAGUAUUCAAAGACGAUAGGGCAAAAGUCCACUGUCAAUGGUUGCUGAAUUCUGAGUGAACUGCUGAUGUCCUGAAAGUCACAUUCUGUGAUCACAUCUUCAAGAUACAACAUCACGUCCCAAAAUUGACUGAUUUAAUUUAUUUAGUGACUUAAUCUCAUAGGUUACUCAGGGUUUUUUAUGCCAAGAUGACAGUGUGCUAGUAUCCAGCAUUGUGAAACUGUUGAUAUCUAACCCGCUUCAUGUUCUCUUUUGUCUUGUAAAAGAAGGAAGACUUUUGAAAUGUGGUUUUUAGUUAUAACUGAGUUAUUUAUAUAUCUUUUCCAUCUUUAUAUUAUUGUUUUGAACUUUAUGUCUUAGUCUUGUGCUUCUUGGUGGAUCCCUGAGAGAAUAUGUUUUGCUGAUGUAUGUACUGUACCCAGUUGAUUAUAGCCCCUUUUAGCAUUUUAAAAUGCUUUUGCUGUACUGCCCAAGCACUUACAAAAAAAAAAAAAAAAAAAAGAAUUAAACAAAUACUUUUAUUGCCAAAA